AUGUCGAAACAGCCGGUUUCCAAUGUCAGAGCCAUCCAGGUGGCAGGUUGGAUUUGGUCCAUGGGCCAUAGUUUGCUGACCUUGGUUCUGUACUCUCCAGGCUGCUUGUUAAACCCCAUUGUUGACGGGGAUGGAGUUGCAACCAAGGCAAAUAUCAACAUCCCCAUGGGAGCCUUUCGUCCGGGAGCUGGGCAACCCCCCAGAAGAAAAGAGUGUACUCCAGAAACGGAGGAGGGUGCUCCUCCCACCUCGGAUGAGGAGAAGAAGCCAAUUCCAGGAGUGAAGAAAUUUCCAGGACCUGCGGUCAACCUAUCAGAGAUCCAGAAUAUUAAAAGUGAACUGAAGUAUGUCCCCAAGGCUGAGCAGUAG